ACUGCGCCAGCCAGGUGGUGCAGAAGCCAAGCAUCAGGGCAAACCUCUUGCCACGCAUCCUCUGGACAAGGUGGGCAGGAGGGAGCUGCCAUCGGCCAGCCCCACUUCUUCCUUUGAAACAGGAUCUUGGUUCUGGCAGAGGGACGCUAUGGUCUCAAAAAUCUUUCCCCUGCUUUGCCUCGGGCUUUGUCUGGGCUACGAAGAUGAGAAAAAGCACGAGAAACUUCCCAAACCCCAGCUCCAUGCCUUGCCCAGCUCAGAGAUCAAACGUCACAGCAAUGUGACCUUCCGGUGCCAGUCUGAGGUCCAGAACGUGACUUUCAUGCUGGGGAAGCUGCAGGACUCUGGGUACAGGCGAGAGCAGAACACAGGAGGACAGGAUGCUGAAUUCUCCCUUGUCAACCUGGACUCUGAAGAUGCUGGACAGUACUUUUGUGCCUACAGGACAACUGUUUCCCAGGAGUGGUCAGAAGAGAGUGAUCACCUGCAACUGACGGUCACAGAUGACCAUGGCGGACGUGGACCACCCCCAGCAAAAACAGGAGCCGAUUUGACUCUGUGGUCCUGCUCUUCUCCCCCCAGACACCAAGGCCAUCUUCGUCGCCACCUUCAGCUGCCUGUCCCUCCUUCUCCUCUUCUUUGCCAUCUUUUUCAUCUACAGAUGCUCUCAGGAUGGUUCAGCACAAGAAGAAUCCCCCCAGAGGUAGGUAUACUCAACAGAUCUCCUGCCCUGUGUAACUCCCACUCCAUCCUUCAGAGCCUGGUCUCAAAACGGUACCUCCCCCGCCCAACCCCACCUCUCUCAGCCCUGUGCUCACCCCCAAGUCUUCAGAUCCCACACGUGAACAUGUUUCUCUCUCUCAGAACCAUCCAUCCCAAACUUCCCAAGCAGGAGGCUGCAGGUUUAUGCAAGCCGGAAAGGAUAUCAGAAUCGAAUGAAGACCCCCUGGGAGUGACCUAUGCCCAGCUAAACACCAACGCACUGUCGGAGGCAGCUUCGGUGCCCGCCGAGGACCCCCCGGAAGCUCAUGACUAUGCAACACUGAAGGUGUAGAACUGGAACCCUGGGAAGGAGAAUGUGGAUUAAGAUGACUGGGGUGACUGGACAUAUGAAAAUCCAGGUGACUCUGUGUCCUCAGCUCAUAGUCCAGUCUCAGGAAAUCGAGGUUUUUCCCUUCUCGCUUCCCUUCCUCUCGAAAGUUCCUGUGUGGAUUUCCAUGACUUUUGGAGUGUGAUCUUAGCAUGGCUUGUCUCAACACAUAGACUAAGAACACAUCGUGUGUAUGUGGGCUGGCGGGAUGCAUCAUAUCCGCUUAGGGAGUUCAGCACGGCGCCAUGUAAACAGAAACCGGUUCCUCCGAGAAGCCUGCGUGAUCGCUGUCUGGUGAGUCACCCCAUAGACACAGGGAUUUCAGAAAGGAACAGAAAAUACAAGCCACGAGAGAGACUCAAUGUGAAUUAACAAAAAGCAUCCCUAAGUGGCAUGCACCAAGGCAAGCAGCUCAAAGUAUUGGGUUCGUGGAGUUCUCCUGCGGCGAAGCGGGUUAAGGAUCCCACAUUGUCAUUGCAACGGAUUGGGUAGCUGCUGGGGAGGUGGGUUCGAUGCCUGGCCCAGGACCUUCCACACCCUGCAAGUGCAGCCAAAAUUCGGUUCAUGACUCCUUCAAGCUGCGCUUUCAAGCAUACCACGGAAUAUUAUUCAGCCACACACACAAAAAAACCCCCACUGUUACAUGCCAAUAACCUGGAUGAACCUAGGAAAUGCUAUACUAUGGGAAAGGAGCCGGACACAAAAACCUGCAUAUUGUAGGAUUCCAUUUAUAUGAAAUAUCUAGAAUGGACAAAGGCUUAGAGACAGAAAGCAGAGUUUCUGGGGGGAGUAGGGAGGGAGGGGUGAAGA